AAUUGCCAAUAUAUAUUUUUAAGUCAAUUUCCUUUUAACACUCCAAAUUACGAUUCGACCAGGUGUCAGCGAAGCCAUCUCGCUCGAGUGAUGGCGACUGGUGCGUUCGACUAUGCGCAUGCGCUUCUGUUGGACACAGACAAACACGUUUUUCCAUACAGUGGAAGGGGAGGAGAGCACGCCUUGGACCGAGAUGAAGGGCAAACCGGUCCUCUGAAAGCAGCUCAAGUUUCGACGGCGCCCCACGUGGGUGUCUUAUAUGAUGGACUUUAUCCUAAGCGGAGUGGCGGCGUGCGGAGCGUGUUUGGUGACCAACCCGCUGGAAGUGGUCAAGACUCGCAUGCAGCUACAAGGAGAACUUAAGAGUCGAGGCACUUAUCAGGUUUACUACCGUAAUGUCUUCCACGCUUUCUACACCAUCGCUAAAGUGGACGGACUGGCCGGUUUACAAAAAGGCCUCGUACCGGGACUAUGGUAUCAGUUUUUCAUGAAUGGCGUCCGACUGGGGUCAUACGCCGUCAUUGAGUCUUCCGGCUACAUCCACACGGAUGGGAGGGUCAGUGCGCUGAAGACCAUCAUAGCUGGAGCAACUGCGGGUGUGGUGGGAGCUGUAAUGGGCAGCCCCGUAUAUUUGGUAAAGACUCAUUUGCAGAGUCAAUCUACUGCCUCCAUUGCUGUGGGGCACCAGUACAAACAUCAGGGAAUGUCUCAAGCCUUGGUCGCCAUCUACAAGGUGCACGGCAUUCAAGGACUUUGGAGGGGCGCUAGUGCUGCUGUCCCAAGGGUCAGCGUGGGGUCGGCAUCUCAACUGUCCACCUUCUCCUCUGCCAAAGAACUAGUGAUUGAUCUUAAGUUGUUUCCAAAAGACAGCUGGUUGGUGGCACUGAGUGCUGGUAUGAUCAGCAGCGUGGCGGUGGUGCUGGCGAUGACACCGUUCGACGUGGUGAGCACGCGACUCUACAAUCAGCCGGUGGAUCAGCAGGGCAAGGGUCUGCUGUAUAAAGGCUUCACUGACUGCUUUUCCAAGACAUUGAAAAAAGAGGGGCUAACAGGACUCUACAAAGGUUUGGGAGCCUCUUAUUUCCGGAUCGGUCCUCACACCAUUCUUUCUUUAUUCUUUUGGGAUCAACUGCGAAAAUUGUACCAGCCAUUUAGGUAACAUAGCCCGCAACCAGGAAAUGGAAAACGUUGAGUCAUUAAGUCGCGAGCCGCAGGUUUCGAGGAACUCUCGUUAAAGGAGUUUAUAUUAGAAGGUUAAAGAAAAACCAGCGCGUGCUUUCCUCUCAUAAGAAAGGUAGAACACAAAAAUAUCAUAAAUUCCAUGCCAACCUAGCAAUGCUUAUUCUGGCAGAGAGCGAAAUUCUCUGUACUGCUAGUUUUUAUGUGAUUUCAUCAAUUAUAAUACAGUAUGGACUAACACUCAACUAGCAAAUUAUCAUCACUUUCUACUGUAUUUUUUAUACAUUUCAAUGGUCCUUCUUGCCAAGAGUAACACACUCCACAGAUUUUAUGUAAUCGGAAUGAAAGUGUUGAUUACACUUUGUACACGGUUGAUUUUUGCACUAAAAUUAUUAUUUAUUAGUAUUUUGGAACACUUGAACUCCUCUCAAUCAUACAAAAGGGAAAAAUCAACAACUCAAGAACAGUUUUAAAUUUUUUUUAAAUGCCUUAACUAAAAUGCAUAGCAAAUCAAACUGCAAUUUUUUCAGAAGUUUCCUGAAAAUGAUUUUGAGUUUUAUGAUCAAAGUACUAUCAUGGACUGUUGUUACAUCAAAGAUGUCAAAGGGUUUUUAUUUUGGACUGUGAAAUACUGUACAUGAAGAAUAUUUGCAACGGGCUUGACAUUUGUGAUUUAAAGGUUUUCUUCAUCUGACAGCAGUGACAGUCAGUAUUUUUAUACAAAAAUAGGACUGAACAGUCUUGUGUGCUCUGGAACCUUUUCAUUUGGUUUUUCCAAUGUAGUUUAAUUUUUUUUCUUCAAUAGACAAUUAGCACUCAGGUCAGUGAACUAAAACACACCCUUCAAGAUGUUACAGCAGAAUAACUCAAUAUUCCUGCUCUUAUAAAAUAUUCCUGAUAUGCAAUUUGUUGAUUACCCAUUUUAACAAUUGUUCAGGAAAUAAACAGAUUAGCAGAUAUGCAAAGAUGGUUUAAUGAUUUGACUUCCACCUAAAUAGUGUAGAUUGUAGGAUGUCAUGUACAAGACAUUGUUGAUAAUACAGUGCGCUCCAUAAUUAUUGGCACCCCUGAAAAAGAUGUGUUUUUUAGCUUCUAAUAUUUUUUUAAUUCAAUUAAUAUGGGACAUAAUAAAAAAAAAAAAUAAUAAUAAUAAAUAAAUAUAUAAAUAAAUAAUAUGGGAGAGUGUUUGUUGCCAAAAAGCUCAAUCUUGGUCUCAUCUGACCAAAGCACACGGUCCCAGUUGAAGCCUGGGACCGUGUGUAUUUUUGUGUGACAAAAAUACACUCACAAUGUAUUGUGUGUGUAAAUACACACAAAUUUAGAGUGUUUGUUUGGCAAAAAACACUCUAAAUGGGUCUGGCGUGCCACGAAAGAUAUGCAUGCUGAAAAGCACCUCAUACCCACUGUGAAGUAUGGGGGUGGGUCAGUGAUGCUGUGGGGCUGUUUCGCUUCCAAAGGCCCUGGGAACCUUUUUAGGGUGCAUGGCAUCAUGAAUGCUUUGAAAUACCAGGACAUUUUCGAUCAAAAUCUGUUGCUCUCUGCCCGAAAGCUGAAGAUGGGUCACCACUGGGUCUUUCAGCAAGACAAUGACCCUAAACAUAUGGCCAAAUCUACACAGAAAUGGUUCACCAGACACAAAAUCAAGCUCCUCCCAUGGCCAUCUCAGUCCCCAGACCUUGUUUUGUUGGCAAAAGGGGGUUGUACAAAUAAUUAACACCAAGGGUGCUAAUAAUUGUGACACACAUUAUUUGACGUCAAAUAAUAUUUUCUUUAUGUGGGAUUUUUUCCCCACUGAAUGAAUGCACUUGUAUUGAAGGUUGGAUUUUUCUCUUUUUUUCCAUUAGGGUCCCAUAUUAUUUGAAUUUUUAAAAAAUUAUUAGAAGCUAAAAAACACAUCUUUCUCAGGGGUGCCAAUAAUUAUGGAGGGCACUGUAUUAGACUCUUGAAACUGUAAUUGACCUUAAUCUCCGUUUGGGUAGAUUAAAGCACUGUCUUUUAUGUUUCAAAAUGAUGAGAUUCAUCAAACAUUUGCCAUUUUACUUGAACAAUUUCACAUUUCUGUAAUCGGCGAAACACUGGAGAUAAUGCCAUAUAAUUUGCUUGAAUGGUGUAUUUCAUACUAGGAGUGUUGCACUUUAACAGGUUUUCUUCAGUCCAACUGAAUUAGUGUAAUAUUGAAUGUGAUGCAAAAAUACACUUUAUGUGUCAAAACUACUGUUUGUGUACAUUGGGCAAUAAAAAGGCAAAUCUUUUAAAUUCAUACUCUCAAGAAUUUUUUUUUUUUGCCCCCGCCCAUUUGUAAUUUCCUGAGAACGUGAUGAUUAUUCUAUCUCCCACGACAACUUUUAACGCUGACAUAUGCAAGAAUUUCAUGAAGAUUACAUAACUGAAAGUCACUGCUCUGCACUGGUUCCCAAAUAUGGCAGCACCAAACGCAAUAUGGCUUGGCUCAAUAUCGCAAGCACUGUUGAGUGUAAAGAGGGCAUCGUUGUACUAAAAGCGAAAUAUGACAAUGUUGCAUGUAAACUUGGUUAUUUAGAUUAUAUGUAAUUGCAAUGAACAUGGAAUUGAAAUGCACCCCAAUAAUACAAGAGAAGAUAUACUGGUAUUAAUGAAACAUUUGUCAUGAAAAGCCUCACAUUUUGUAAUAAGCAAUUUAAUCAAGAGAUUAUCAAGAUAAACAACGUAAGUCUAUAAUACAGUUGUAAACAUUUUGAACCAAACGUGAAAAAUUAAGUUUCCACAGAAGUUUACUUUCCUAUAAAGUGUACUUAUAAAAUUCAUAAAGAUAGAAUGUGCCGUAUUUUUCGAACUAUAAGUCGCACCAGCCAUAAAAUGCGCAAUGAAGAGGUUAAAAACAUACAGGUAGCCCCCGGGCUGCGAAGGAGUUCCGUUCCUAUGCUGGCGACGUAACCCGAAUUUCCAUGUAAAUCGGAAUUAACCCUUGAAGUGUCCCUAAAUACCCCUUAAAUCCAAAAAUAUCUAAAAACUAGGGGUGUCAAACGAUUAAAAUUUUUAAUCGAGUUAAUUACAGCUUAAAAAUUAAUUAAUCGCAAUUCAAACCAUCUAUAAAAUAUGCCAUAUUUUUCUGUAAAUUAUUGUUGGAAUGGAAAGAUAAGACACAAGGUGGAUAUAUCCAUUCAACAUACGGUACAUAAGUACUGUAUUUCUUUAUUAUUACAAUAAAUCAACAAGAUGGCAUUACCAUUAUUAACAUUCUGUUAAAGCGAUCCAAGACUUGUAGUUCUUAAAAGAUAACUGUUAGUACAAGUUAUAGAAAUUUUAUAUUAAAACCCCUCUUCAUGUUUUCGUUUUAAUAAAAUUUGUAACAUUUUCAAUCAAAAAAUAAACUAGUAGCCCGCCAUUUUUGCUGAGGCCUAUAAAAUCAGUCGCACCCAAGCGCCAGCAGAGGGAGCCAAAACUCGAAAAACACAAGUACACGUUUCACUGUGCUGUCAUUGUAAUCUCUUUGAGCAGGGUAUUUGUGCGUUAAUUGCGUCAAAUAUUUUAACGUGAAUAAUUUAAAAAAUUAAUUAACGCCCGUUAACGCGAUAAUUUUGACAGCCCUACUAAAAACAUAUAUUAUAGGUCAUUUUACUGUCCUCACCAAGAUGUAGGAGCUAAGUCCUUUCUCCCUUUCAUUCGGCUGCGCGACUUCUUCAUGGGAGCUAAUUCGCUCUUCUUUGUGUGCGCAAAUACCUUCUUCACGUGUACAUGUGCUCUUACUCGCAUGCAGAAGUACUACCUCCUCUACGCUUCCAACGCAAAAAUAAAGCAUGCAUUGCAAAACAAAUGUCAACAUCAUAAUAAAAAAAAUUUCGCCAAAGGGGCAGAACAGUAAGGGUAAAAAAAGGUACUGUGUGAGGUACAAUCAGGUUUACGCAACUAGGGGGGAAAAAACGACUGGAGACAAAAUGGCGUACAAGACUCCGGCGUAGUAAAGUCGAAAUCACGUAAGUCGGGUACAUCGUAACCCAGGGACAACCUGUAUAAGCCGCACUGGUGUAUAUGUCACGUUUUGGGGGAAAUUUUAUUUGAUAAAAUCAAACACCAAGAACACACGUCUUCUUGAAAGGCAAUUUGAAAUAAAACUGAAUAGACAACAACAGAGUAACCUCUGCAUUUUGCCAGUCCCUUACAAGUUUCUUGCUAACUCCAAACUUUUUCUGUUGUCCGAUUACCAUAUCAGCUGCAUAUUUCACUACUGGCAGUUAGUAAUCUGCAAAAUAUGAUUUUCUUUUCGGUGACAUUUUGUUCGGAGCUUCUCAGUUGUUUCUAUUUGUUUUAUAAGUUACCGCCACUGUUGAAACAGAGGCCUUGGGUGCCCUCUUGCGGUUGAGUGUGACAAUAAUAAUAAUAAUAAUAAUAAUGAUGUUAAUAAUUUCACACAUAAGUCACUUCUGAGUAUAAGUCACAUCCUCGGCCAAUCUAUGGGGGGAAAAAAACUGCGAUUUAAUAGUCCGGAAAAAAAAACAAAAAACGGUACAAACGUUCUCACGGAUCUGAGUUUUUGCUGGCCUACUCUGGGUUUCUCCCAGUUUCCAGAAACAAGCAUCGUUGUAUUGAAAAUUAUUUUUUGGUGGGAAUGUAGUGGAAGUGUGAAUGGCUGUUUUGUCUAUAUGUGCCAUGAUAUUGAUUGUUAACAUUUCAUUAUAAAUAGCAGCUCAUAGUGGAUAUCUGUAAAAGACAAACAUAUACACUGUUGAUUAAAGCUUCAGAACUCAUUUUGGUUUUCUAUAUCCUCAGUCUUUAAGCUUUUUUUGCCUUAGUUUUUCUUCUGCCAUAGCAAAGGACCUGUGCCAGCAAGAUGCAACUGAAACAGCCGGAUAUAAAGGAGCCAAGCGUUUCAAAAGACUUCCCCGUGCCCUGCAAGAGUCAGGUUAAAUUCACAAUUAUGGAAGGUAAUGCUGCAGACCACAAAAAAAAUCAUUUGCAAUGUAUUUGCAUACCUGCAGUGAAAUGAAGGCGAGACCCAGGGAAGCUAUACAUGAUAGCAAAAUAGACAUAAAUGAGAGCUGACCCGUGGAGCCGUUAUUAUAGUUUGUUACUGCCUGGAAAACCUGGAAACAUCAAAUACAGUUAGCCACGCUUUCGUAAACUGUUGACUUUAACAUUUGUUGCAGACUAAGUAACUCAGUAUCUUAUAGCCAGAGAAUAGUAGAUUAUAUUGAUAACUUGAGCUAAUUCCUAGUUACAUCUAGACAUGUGCUGGGUACCGGUUUCAAGGUAUACCGUGAUAUGAAAAUGUCACGGUUUCAAAACCACUAAAAUUUUCCGUCAUACCAUAGUUACGGUAUUAACUAUGUUUGAGGUCCCAAAAAUGUAACGAGAAAUACGUGGCUUGGAGCGGCAGUGCUCACCCAUCCCUUUUCAAAAGAAAUAGACGCCCGCGGCUUAGAGGAGGAAGGACAGCUGACGUGCAGGCAACACCUCCAACAUGAUUUCACAUUUUCAUGAUGACCAUCUGUAUCUUCGCACAAAAUUUAAGGUAAGUAAAUGCUGUCAUGAACGUGUCCCACCAGCUACAAGACUUCACUCAAGCUAGUUUAAUGUGUAUAGCGAUGCUAAAACAAAUACUAUAACGUAAGCUUAUUAACGAGGCAGAUAACGUGACUAGUUACCAUGCCAAGACGGCUAACUAGUUUCUUCUUUAUCAUUAGCCUACUUUUGUAAUGUCUUCCGCCAUUGUAAACAUCUGCCAAUUUGCAAAUAUGUCGUGAAAAAAAUCCUGUUCAAUGGAAACAGUAUUUUUGUUGUUGUUGUUUCUAACUCAUACAUCUAAAAAUAACACAUUUUAGAGCUAUAAUUGCAAUACCUUGAAACCGCAGUAUUUUUGCUUAAGGUUAUCAUACCGUCAAAAUCUCAUACCGACACAUGACUAGUUAGAACCAACAAAGAGUUAAAAAUUGGCCAAUUGUUUCAAACUAUUAC